CAGCGCUGGGAUCGAUAUUUUGUUUUCUUCAGACGCGUUCUUUGCAAGUUCCUGCUAUUUUAUCAUUUUAAAGGGAUAAAAACGGAGAUUUUCACAGUGAUAUUGGUGUUAAAACUCAGUUAAGAUAUGGAUGACGAGGCGGAGACGUAUAAAUUGUGGAGAAUCCGCAAAACAGUGAUGCAGCUGAGCCAUGAUCGAGGGUACCUGGUGACUCAGGAUGAAUUGGAUCUCACUCUGGAGCAGUUUAAGGAGUUGUUUGGGGAUAAGCCGAGUGAAAAGCACCCCUCGAGGCAGGAUCUCACAGUAUUGGUGGCUCACAAUGAUGAUCCCACGGAUCAGAUGUUUGUGUUCUUCCCGGAAGAGCCAAAGAUUGGCAUAAAGACAAUUAAGACGUACUGCACGAGGAUGCAGGAGGAAAAUAUUCACCGGGCAAUUGUUGUGGUUCAGGCUGGGAUGACUCCAUCGGCUAAACAGUCUCUCGUGGACAUGGCACCGAAGUACAUUCUCGAGCAGUUUUUGGAGUCUGAGCUCCUGAUCAAUAUCACGGAACACGAAUUGGUGCCUGAGCAUGUAGUGAUGACACCGGAAGAGAAGCAAGAAUUGCUGUCGCGGUACAAAUUGAAGGAAAAUAUGCUGAUGAGGAUUCAGGCGGGUGAUCCUGUGGCAAGAUAUUUUGGCUUGAAGAGGGGACAAGUGGUGAAGAUUAUUCGAUCGUCCGAAACAGCCGGGAGGUAUAUUUCUUAUCGGUUGGUUUGCUAGAAGAAAAA